AUGGAUGCACUUAAGCGAAAGCUAGUUUUCAAUGAAACAUUAAAUGAAUCAAAUCAAUUAAUAACUUUUAUUGAAGAUUUAUCAAAUGAAAUUUUUUAUGAAAUAUUUGAUUAUUUUGAUGGUGGUGAAAUAGUUAAAAUAUUUUCUAAACUUAAUUCUCGUUUUGAACAACUUCUUCAUUCUUCAUCAAUUUUAAUUAAAACACAUUGUUAUUUGUUUUAUUAUGAAGAAAUGAUGAAUAAAGAUCAUGAAUUAGAAAUAUUCUCAAAUAAAUUAUGUUCAAAUUUGAAAAUCUUAUUUAUUAAUUGUUCAGAAAAUAUCGUUUUUCUUGAUGCUCAUCGAUGGGAACAAUUUAUUUCAUAUUAUUAUCCUCAAUUAGAAAAAUUUUAUUUUACAUAUUAUGAUCGUAUUGAUAAUGAUAAUCAAUAUGAAAUAUAUUCUCAACGAAUAAAUCAAUUUUCUUCAACAUUUUGGAUUAAACGACAAUGGAUAUUUCAUGUUAAAAUUGAUACUAGUGAUAUUAAAUAUACGAUUUAUCCAUACAAAAAAACAUGGUAUGAUUACAUAGAUGAUAAUAAUAUUGAACAUACAACAUCAACUAGUUUAAUAUUGACUAAUUUUGUUAUUCCUUCACAUGAUGAAAUUAUAUUCAAACAAAUAGAACGUAUUAUAACUAUAACACAAAUUUAUCAUUUAAAUAUUGAAACAUGUAUCUUCCUUAGUAUAUUAAUUAAAUUGGUGAGUCGAUUGCCAUAUCUAAUAACAUUAAAACUUCAUUCAUUAUCAUACGAGGAAGAAAUAAAAUUAACUCCUAACGAUUUUUUUUAUAUACUUACAUACAAUUAUCGAAAUCAAAUUACGAAAGUUUAUAUUGAACAAAUCAAUGUU